AUGGCUGUUCAGCCUACGAUUAGCAAGUUCUUUAAAUCAGUGUCAAAAGGUGACUCUAAGGAUAAUAGGGCUAGUAACAAUGGGGGUAAACCCAACAGCAGCACACAUGACGCUGAUGGGUUGUCUGGACCAACUGAUGGAACCAGUAAGAUCGACGUCUCUGUCAAUGAUACUGUGAAAGGUGAUAAGAAAAGAGCUAGAUCAGCUCCCAAGAAGAACACUGAGGAGUUCACUGAAUCUAAGGAGGAUUCUCCAGAAAAUGAUGAGGAAGAGUAUAAUGAAGAGGAACAAGAGGAAGAAGAAGUACAAGAGGUAAAACCUAAGAAGAAGAAAACUGCAGCUAGUAGAUCACCUAAAACUUCAUCAAAAUUGACACCAUUGGAUCAGCAAGUAAAAGAACUCAAAUUGAAGAAUUUCGAUAAAUUAUUAGUGGUUAGAGUUGGGUAUAAGUACAAAUGUUUUGCACAAGACGCUGUCGUGGCAAGUAGAAUUUUGCACAUUAAACUAGUACCUGGGAAAUUGACUCUUGAUGAUUCGGACCCACAGGACCUACAACAUAAACAGUUUGCCUAUUGUUCUUUCCCUGAUUCCAGAAUAAAUGUACAUCUUGUGAGACUGGUUACUCGAAAUUUGAAAGUUGGUAUAGUAGAACAGGUUGAAACUAGCGCAUUAAAAAAAUAUUCUGCUGAUUCUCUGAAAAGUACCGUUUUUGAACGUAAGGUGACUACUACGGUGUCAAAGGCUACCUAUGGUAUCAAUAAUACCGUUGAGUCCGAUAAAAAACGUAUCUUGGGUGAUACCAGUAGUAUUUGGGCAUUGGAUGUAGAAUGUCAUGAUGAUGGUACAUACCAUUACUGGUUAGUCUCUGUUGAUCUUAACAAUGGUGAAGUGAUUCAUGACGAGUUCGAAGAACAGAAGCAUAGUACAAGUCAACUGGAACUUAGGAUGAAAUAUUUGGAACCUGUUGAACUUAUAACGUAUCGAAACUUACCAGAUGCAGUUACAAAGGUGCUUCAGAGAGCAAAUAACGACUCUCUUAGAAUAGAGGACCGGAAAGAGACAGUUUUACCGCAAUUAGAAGGACUAAAACAGCAUCUGAAUUUACCCGCUGAAACUUUCAAACUUAUAUCAGCAUUGUUUGGCUGUCUGGAGGAUUAUAAGAAUGAAGAACUUCUAUUAAUUGCCUCUAAUUAUAAGCCAUUUUCCUCAAAGGCUCACAUGUUACUCAAUUCUAAUGCAUUGGAAAGUCUGGACAUUUUCACAAAUGGUAGUGGUAAAGGAUCUCUAUUUUGGGUUUUGGAUCACACAAGGACGGCAUUUGGUUAUAGACAAUUGAGGGAAUGGAUUUCGAAACCUCUGUUAAACAGAACUGAUAUAGAAGAUCGGUUGGAUGCCGUUGAAUGUGUUAAAGAAGAAAUCAACAAGCUGUUCUUUGAAUCAUUGAAUCAACUCCUCAAAAAUACCCCAGAUCUACUAAGAACUUUAAAUCGCAUUGCAUAUGGUAGAACUUCUCGUAAAGAAGUCUACUUUUUUCUCAAGCAGUUGUCACUAUUUGGAGGGCAUUUUUCUGCCCACUCUGUUUACAUUAACUCUGAGAUCAGAUCUUCAAAUGGUGCUCUCUAUCAUAGGUCAAAAUUAUUGGCCACACUCUUCCAAGAAAUGGCAGAUUUUUUGGAUAAUUCACCAAUGCCUUAUUUGAUGUCCAUGAUAAACGUAUCUGCAGUAAUGGAAAAGGACAUGGAAAAGCACGUCACAGGAUUUUUCAACUUAAACAACUACGAUAAUUCUGAAGUUAUCAUCCAGCGACAGAGGGAGAUCGGGGCCGUUCAGGAUGAAUUGACUGAAGAGUUACAUAGAGUUCAAAAGAUGCUGGGUCGUCCCUACCUAAAAUAUAAGGAUGAAGUUGAAUAUUUGAUUGAAGUGAGGAAUUCUCAACUUAAAAAUUUACCCCCUGACUGGGUCAAGGUUAAUAACACUAAGAUGGUAAGCAGAUUUCACACUCCAAUUACUAUAAAAUUGGUGGAAAGAUUGCAGUACCACAAGGACAUGUUAUACAAUGAAGCGGAAGCAGAAUAUAGAAGGUUUUUACAAAAGAUCACUAAAGAAUAUCAACCAUUGAAAAAAUUUAUCCGUAACAUCGGAAAUUAUGACUCUUUACUAGCGUUAGCAGCCACUUCAUGUAAUGCAAAUUAUGUUCGUCCCAUUUUUACGGAUGAGAAGCAAUGCAUUAAUGCCGUCAACGCACGGAACCCUGUCAUUGAAUCUCUCGAUGUUAAUUAUGUUUCCAAUGAUAUUAAGAUGUCAGAGAAGGAUGGUAAAGUUCUCAUUAUAACUGGUCCUAAUAUGGGUGGUAAAUCUUCGUACGUCAGGCAAGUGGCAUUUUUAGUCCUGCUUGCUCAAAUUGGAUCAUUUGUUCCUGCAGAUCAUUUGGAAUUAAGCAUUUUUGAUAAUAUAUUCACAAGAAUUGGAGCCUAUGACAACUUACUUCGUGGUGAAUCCACUUUCAAAGUGGAGCUAUUAGAGGUCAUGCAGAUUAUUAAGAAUAGCACAAGUAACUCACUACUACUGUUAGAUGAAGUGGGUAGAGGGACUUCCACUGAAGAUGGUAAGGCUAUUGCCUUUACUGUUCUGCAGUAUUUUUUAACUAUGAAUGGAUGUCCUUUUAUUCUUUUCACGACUCAUUACUCCAUGUCAGGAUUACCCAAUCCUGCCAUACUGCGACAUUACCAUAUGGAUUUUGUGGAAGAGAGGAAACCAGGUGAAAAUUGGCCCAGUGUAGUAUUUCUUUACAAAUUGAAAGAAGGAUUUGCACAUAAUUCUUAUGGUUUAAAUGUUGCCAGAUUGGCUAACCUUGAUAGAGACAUUAUAAACAGAGCCUAUGAAAUUUCAGAACAUAUGAGAGCUGAUUAUGAGCGUAUUCAAAAUUUGGAAUUGUCUUGGAGAAUCAAGAAGAUUCUAUCGAGCCCAUCAAUUUCGAUGAAUCAAAAAGUCGCGAAGCUAAUAGAUUUAAAUGCAAAAUAG